GCCCGGCGUCGCUGGUGACGCGCGAUGCGGGGAGGGUGCGCGCGCGUUCAGCGGCCUCUUUGUGUGGUGCCCUGACAGGGGAGCGGAGGUGGCGGCGGCCGCGGCCUCGGUGCUGUGCCAGUGUCUUCGGCUCGCCCUCCGGCCCGCGCCUGUCCCCUCCCUCCCCUCCCCUCCCUUCCCUUCCCCGGCGGGGGCGGCGGCGGCGGCGGCGGCGGUUGGGCCCCGGCUGCCGGGAGGCCUCGGCGACCGCUAACGGCGACGGCGACGCGGAGCGCGCAGGGCGGGGGCAAGGCCCGGGCGGCGGAGAUGGAGAAUUCGCAGCUGUGCAAGCUGUUCAUCGGCGGCCUCAACGUGCAAACGAGUGAGUCGGGCCUGCGCGGCCACUUCGAGGCCUUCGGGACCCUGACGGACUGCGUGGUGGUGGUGAACCCCCAGACCAAGCGCUCCCGCUGCUUCGGCUUCGUGACCUACUCCAAUGUGGAGGAGGCCGACGCCGCCAUGGCCGCCUCGCCGCACGCGGUGGACGGCAACACGGUGGAGCUGAAGCGGGCGGUGUCCCGCGAGGAUUCGGCGCGGCCCGGGGCCCACGCCAAGGUGAAGAAGCUCUUUGUCGGGGGCCUGAAGGGCGACGUGGCGGAGGGCGACCUGAUCGAGCACUUCUCGCAGUUCGGCGCGGUGGAGAAGGCCGAGAUCAUCGCCGACAAGCAGUCGGGCAAGAAGCGGGGCUUCGGCUUCGUCUACUUCCAGAACCACGACGCGGCCGACAAGGCGGCGGUGGUCAAGUUCCACCCGAUCCAGGGCCACCGCGUGGAGGUGAAGAAGGCGGUCCCCAAGGAGGAUAUCCAUUCCGGCGGCGGCUCGCGGGCGGCCCGGGGCGGGCGCGGCGGCCGGGGGCGCGGCGGCGGCCGAGACCAGAACGGCCUGGCCAAGGGCGGCGGCGGCGGUUACAACAGCUACGGUGGCUACGGCGGCGGCUACAACGCCUACGGGGGCGGCGGCGGCUCGUCGUACGGCGGCAGCGACUACGGGAACGGCUUCGGCGGCUUCGGCAGCUACAGCCAGCACCAGUCCUCGUACGGGCCGAUGAAGAGCGGCGGCGGCAGCAGCUGGGGCGGCCGCAGCAACAGUGGACCCUACAGAGGCGGCUACGGCGGAGGGGGCGGCUACGGGGGCAGCUCGUUCUAGGGGCCCCGCACGGGAGGCCCGCCGGCGGCUCCAGGCUCGCUCCUUCCCGACAGCCCAAGCGGGGUCAAGCCCUCCUCUGCCCGCCCCCUCCCGCCCUCCCCGGUUUGCCCUCGGGGGAGCCGCUUCGG